AUGGGUCACCAAUAGUGAACUACAAACAAAAAACUUCCUUGAUCAGAUUAACAAGUGUAGAAAAGAAAAUAAGUUCUUACUAUGUCGCUGUUACAUUUUUUAGUAUUAACUAUUGUUAUGAUUUUUUUUCUACUCCCUAUUGAAUGUAAAAAAGUACGAAUUGUUCGUACGAACAAAGGAGUCGUUCGUGGUGAAAUAUUGAAAACAGUCGGAUGGAAAAUGGAGUAUGCUUCUUUCAAAGGAAUACCAUAUGCUAAGCCACCGCUGGGACGCCGUAGAUUCAAACCUCCAGAAGAAAUGGAUCCUUGGAUUGAAAUCCGUACUACCAAAGCAGAACCACCUUCUUGUGUACAAUGGGAUCACGAUGCUUCCUUGCGCAUAUACGGUAGUGAAGAUUGUCUUUAUUUAAAUGUCUAUUCAACGGAUCUAGAUUUACGUCCAGUUAUGGUUUGGAUACAUUUCGGCGCUUUUAUGUUCGGUUCACUUAAUAGUAGUUAUUUUGGUCCUGAUUUCUUAGUUGAAAAAGAUGUCGUUGUAGUAACAAUGAAUUACCGUCUGGGAGCUUUCGGUUUUCUAUCACUAAACCAUAAAGAUGCAAUGGGAAAUGCUGGAUUAAAAGAUCAAGUUUUAGCACUCAAAUGGGUCCAACAAAAUAUUAUUAAUUUUGGUGGUGAUCCAGACAAAGUGACUAUUUUUGGAGAAAGUGCUGGUGGCGCGUUGGUUGAGCUCCAUGUACUAUCGAAAGCUUCUCGAGGUUUAUUCAGAGCGUCUAUAGCAAUGAGUGGAUCACCACUUAAUUUUUGGGGAUUCACAACUCCUCAAGAAGCUGAAUAUCGAGCUUUUAGAUUAGGAAAAAGUCUUGGAUAUGAGGGUCAAGAUAAAGACUAUCUACUUGAAUACUUAUAUCAAGCAGAUGCCUACGAAGUUGCUCACCAAACAAAUUUUCUUGCGCUUUAUUUAUUCAUUACGGCCGGAAAUUUGACACUUCCAUUUCAACCAACGGUAGAGACCUGGAUAGACCCUGGAAAUAAUUUUUUAACUGAGUGUCCUUUAAAACUAUACUAUUCAGGAGAUUUUAAUCAACAUCCUCAUAUUUUAGGAUUCACGAAAGACGAAUUUAUAUCUUUGUCAUAUGCCAAAGCGGUGGCAUCUAUUCUUGAGUUUUUGGGCGAGACCAUUACUAAUGGAUUAGUAAAUAUUUUGAGCGACUUAUCUUUUGUUGCGGGUAUAGAUAGAACUCGAUUACUAUUAGCUACUUAUGGAUCAGCUCCAGUAUAUUAUUAUCGUAAUUCGUUUGAUUAUGACCAAUCUCUACAUAAAGUUGAAGGAAACAAUAAUUUGAAAGGAACUGGACAUGCUGAUGAUAACGCUCACAUCUUUUGGUAUAGUAAUAAAAAUCAAAGUCUUGAUUAUUCAAGUGAUAUUGGACAACAUCGCUUGAAAAUGGUGACAAUGUGGACUAACUUUGCUAAGUAUUUGCAUCCUACGCCACUUGGAGAAGAUGAUCCAUUUUUAGAUAUAGUUUGGCCAGAGACGGGAAUUUAUGGACAUCUUCUUGAUAUUAAUACCGUUUCUACUGUGCGAAGGAGGCCAAGUCACCGUGCUCUUCAUCCAGCAAAUGAUUGUCAUUAA